AUCGACCGGUCCUUCCUUUUCUGCGUUACCGGAAAAUCCCUUCCGAGAUCGUUCAGAAAUUGAUCUAGGAAAGGGGUAGGAGAUCUAGAAGAGUAACGUCUACUUGAAUUAGUAGUACUAAGCUUGUAACUACGUUAUAGUAGCUACAACAUCAAAGUAGAUUCAGAUUCGUGGUUGUGCUACUUUUACAAUAUCGAGUUGCGCCGCGUUUGUUUACACGGAAAAAGUCUUGAGGUCUAUACUGAGAGUUCGUAAAAUAUUUACGAGAAACCGAGAUUGAGAUAUACACGCUGGCAAAAGUUCACAUAGUCUAAGGAAUGAGAUACGAAGAGCGAUAAAAGUGGCAAGCGUGAAUUAAAAAUCGACGGAUAUUAAAAAUUGACGGUGAUAUCGACGUUUUAUACGCCUCAGGUGACGUGAGCGUAUGAACGUGAAUAAAUAACUGUCUGCUAUUUUUGCGGAACCGAUUGGAUUGAUUUGUCUACCUUCGUCGACUUACCCUGCCAGCCGAUCGAUAUAAAGGGUGUCUAAAAGAAAUGAACAUUGCACAAAUUAUUUCAAGCAAAUGACAAACUUUUGAAGAGCUAAUGAGCAAGUGCCUAUUUUUAAAUUGAGAUAGCCAGCAAUUGAAGUCAUCUGACUGCUGAGUUCUUUCAAUAAUAGAGCUAUUACUGGACAAACGUGAAACAGUCGAAAUUUGGCCGAAGCAGUCCAUCAACGAUGCUGCUUCCUCAAGAAGGGCCAAGAGAGCUAAGCAGGCUUUCAAGAGACUCUUAAAAGCUCCAAGACUUUCAAAUAUUCCAUGGCGCUUUUAAGUACUCAAGGUUACUUCCUACGACGUCGAUUAUAACUUCUUAACGUGACUUUACUUAUUCUCUAUUAUUCAAUUUUUCAUUCGGGCUUUUCUGCGUCAUUACUGGACUAAAUUGAUUACUCUAAAUUUGAGUCUUUCAAGACUCUCAAUUUGAAUCUUUCACGAACUCCAAUUAUUUUCAGCUUUGAACGUUCGAAAUGGUUUGGAGUUUCAAUAAUACGUUCUGUGCUGCAUAGAUAUCAUAAGUAAUUUGAAAAACUCGUCAAGCCGUCACUCCGAUAACAGAGUGUCGAAGAACAUCUCGCACUUGCGCGGUGGAAACGACACUUCCCCGUUAGACCGGUGCGGUUCAGUGUGGCACCAUCAGCGCGACCGCAUCCAUCUACCGUCCACGACGGUGGCAGCUUCCCGUGCGCAGCAUCCGCAACUGCGUGGUGGUCCAUACCCUCCACUCACACACUCUCUCUGUUUUCCUCUUACCCGCUCCGUGCGCGCGCGGAGUUCGUCUCGAAGAGCGUCUCGGGAUGCGUCGCGCCGAUCAGUGAAUCGAGUGCGAUAUCCCGCUGACGAUCAGGGGCAGGAAGUGUGGCCGAUGAAGGCGCGUAAGAGCCGCGAUAAGAGUAAGUCCGGACCGGUACGACGACUGUAGGGUGUCGAUCGAGCUACCUCCUUCUUUCCCGUGUUCGCGACCUCGUGUUCGUGUGGGCCAGUCGAUACACUACGCGACGUGCGACGUGCACAGCCAUUGACUUGGGCCAGUCGAUACCCAGCGGAGAGCGUCGUUGACAAGCGGAGUGACAGCCAGGGGUGAUAAGUCUAAACUGCCGAAUGCAGGACCAAGAGGGAGAGCUUGAAGGACUCGGGGGCGUUUUAGGGAGCUCCGGGGGCGCCGCGUUAGCCUUUGGUGGUCGACAUAAACCGGAGGAACUCGCCACCCUUGCGGCUACUACCAGGUUUUCUAGGAAGGAGAUCCAGCUGAUCUAUCGAGGCUUCAAGCAGGAGUGCCCAUCCGGUUUGGUCGAUGAGGACGCCUUCAAGCAGAUCUUUUCACAAUUCUUUCCACAGGGAGAUGCAAGCCAGUAUGCUCAUUAUGUCUUCAACACUAUGAAGAGGAAACCGUCGGGCAAGAUUAGCUUUGAGGAGUUCCUCUCCAUAUUGUCGAAGGUGUCGAGAGGAUCGGUGGAGGAGAAGCUGCAAUGGGUGUUUGGGUUAUACGAUUUGGAUGGAGAUGGAUUGAUAAGCAAGGAGGAGAUGCUGGAUGUUGUGGGUUCUAUCUAUGAGAUGCUAGGUCGUUACACGCAACCGCAAAUCGCCGAACCACACGUGGCUGCUCGCGAACAUGUUGAUCGAAUCUUCCACUUAAUGGACGCGAAUAAGGACGGCGUAGUGACUAUCGAAGAGUUGGUGCAAUGGUGCUCGAAGGACGAGCAAUUGUUACGAAGUCUCGAUACUCUGGACACCGUAUUAUGAGAUCUUAAAGUUCUAUCAAAAAUUCCAUUAACUUAUUAUUAAUUGCGUUUUAAGCAAUGACAACGAGGCACGUGAAGCAUCUUGACUUUUUUAUCAAUUCAUUUACUUCUUUCUCCACAUAUGAAGAAGAUACGAAAAUUGUGCCAAUAAUAAAGUAAUUAUAUGUUUGAAAAAUGAUAAAAUCGAUUGAGAGUAUUUAGAAAUCUUAUAAAGAAAGAAAGAAGUAUGAGGAAGUCUAAAUGAAUUUGGUAAUUUGCAUCAAAAUUUAUGUAAAUUUCGUCACAAAUCGCAAAAUUAUGAUUUACAGAGAUAAUAUAAGGUGCAGUAACUCAAAAUGCCGUUUGUAGUGAAAGAAAAUCAAGUGCAGCGAGCCGAGAUAUCAUUGCUCGAGACAUAUUCUUAAGGGAAAGACGCUGGAGAACUCUUCAGCGCGUGUCUUUGUAAAUAUGUAUGUACCCCGUUUACCUACCCAGUCUUUCAUGUACAACACUUCCGGUACGUCUUUCGGCGAUCGAAGGGACCUGAAAGAACCGACGAUUUAGUUUAGCAUUGAAAUUCGUUGAAGCUUUACAGUUGCAAGACUUUGAAUCGUUGAAAAAUUAUACAUAAAAUUAUCGAAUUAUUACAUUUAUGGAAUUGCAUUAAAUUAUUAAUAAAACGUUGGUUCAUCCAGGUGUUCAAUUUCCUGCAAGGAGUUAAUGAAUUAAGCAAUCGAUACAAACUUUAUCCGCAAGUACAGAUUCAUGACUUACAAAGUCGAAUCAAUUUCAUAUUUUGAGUUCUUAUUCUAAACAAGAUAAAACCCAUGAAGAAUGAAUACAUUUCACAGAAUGUAGGAAUUUCUUUUGAUCUACUUGAAGUAUUUUUAAAAAUUAUCUAGGUACAUUCGCGUAGCGUUGCAAAGUAUUUCAGCUUCAGCAUCUUUAAUAGUACGUAUUAAUCGAUUGAUUAUUUGAGCAAGAUUCUAUUCUAACUUGUUAAGAUUUCCAAAAUUUAAUCUUUCAAUCUUAAAAAAAUAUAUAUAUGUAUAUAUACACAAUACAUAUAUAUACAUAUAUACAUACAUAUAUAUAAUAUCAUGUGAAUGUCAAAUUCACAAAUUCUUUAAUCAUUGAUUACGAAAAUGAUACUCUUGGACCAAGUGAAGGAAAUUAAUAUUAUCCUCCUAAAACCUGGUCGAUACCUCGUGUGAUUAUCCUGUACCUUAUUAUACACGUACUACGUAAUAUUAUUAAUAUUAAUAAAAGAAUUAUCAUUAUUAUAUUAAUAUUAAGGCAACUUGUUGUCUGCCAUGGGUAUGGGACAUGUAGUAGCAACGCAAUAAUACUUCUCGAACUUCUCGUGAAACUUUUUAAAACGUUUGAUCUCUCGCGCCUUCGAUGUUCUCUUAAAUCUUUCAAAUCUUAAACAUUUCAAUCGUAAUUAGAUCUUUAUUUUUAAUUUUCAAAUUUCCACACGGAACCUGACGUUUCAAUCUUUUAAGUUUUUUGACGUCUUUAGAUCUCUAAAUUUUUAUUCUUAAAUUUUAAAGAAAGAGAUCUCCUUAUAAAAAUUUAAUCAACUUUCAUGGCAGAUAAAGUAUCGAAAAUAUUUACUACACUCGUUCCCAAAUUGUUGAGAUUUAAGAUUUAACUCUCCUUACGAGAAGAACUAUUACGCGUUAUCAACUUUGUUAAAGACAUUUUCGUGGAUCUAUUCUUGUUCGCAUUGCGAAUUUCUCAGCGUUACGAGCGCGAAAUGCCUCUUUGAACACACACGUGUGUUUAGCGAAAUUAGUUAUGUAGUGUGUACAUACGUAAAUGUACUUUUGUUAAGACGCAUGUACACUCGUGCAUAUUUACCAAAAAUAAAAAAGUCUACCUUUGUACCUCGAA